AUGGCGGUAGCGCUGCGCGCGUGUGAUCCCGAAUCGAAGUCCGUGGGCACCAAUGUGCUGCACAUCUGUACAAGAGUCGAAUCGGAUGUGCUUAAAGUUGCUGGUGGCCAAUCGCUAAAUCCGGAGCUCGCGGACGUAAUCAGCCAACAACUCUUAUCACCGCAAUGA